AUGACUGAAACCAAAUCCAAAACCGGGUCUUAUAUGCUACCAUCUUCCCUCCCUUCCGCCACAAAUAUCUCCUUUCCUGAAACCACUUUCUUCAAGAGUGGAAACAAGCACUUACCAAGCCCGGCUGACGUUCGCCUUGCGGCAGCAGCCUAUCAAACAAAACCUCUAAACCGACCUACCCCAGUAGCAUUUCCCGCACUGAAUCUGAUAGUCAAAUAUGGCCCAACAAUUACCAUAUCUGAGGGACAAUGUCUCUGGGCAAUCACCCGCUUCUGCCCAAACGUACCUGUUCCAGAAGUGUUCGGGUGGUGUCAAGAUGAUGGAGAAACAUUCAUUUAUAUGCAACGAAUAGCAGGAGCUACUUUGCAACAGGAAUGGCCUGGUUUGGACUUUGAAGAAAAAUAUGGGGUCUGCGUGCAGCUGUAUCAUAUCAUCAAUGAGCUGCGCCAGCUUCAACAGGAUCCGGCUACUCAGUUUAUUGGUACUAUCAAUCAAGGACCUCUCCAAGACAUCAUCUUCGCUGGCCAGCAGCCCACCGGCGUUUUUCCAAACGUCUCCUCAUUCCACACCUGGUUUUCCACUCCCAAGAGACAGAAAACCCAAAACGCAGAUCUAAGUCCAGACCCAACCUGGCGGUCCGGGUUACUCGAUGACGUCCCAAUUGUCUUCACUCACGGUGAUUUGCACCGUAGCAACAUCCUGAUAUCCCGGGAUGAACACGAGGGGACCGUAAAAAUUGCUGGAAUUGUCGAUUGGCAUCAAUCGGGUUGGUAUCCUGCGCCGUGGGAAUUCUACAAGACCCGUUUUACGUGCAGGGAUGGCGAUCAGUGGGAGUUGGAUUUUAUUCUGGAGUUUUUGCAGGCAUAUCGUGGAUAUAUUAGCUGGGAUUAUUUUGUGCUUGCAAUGGGCGUGUAA